AUGGCUUCGCAACUACUUCCUCUCGAGCUCAUCGACAAGUGUGUUGGCUCCCGCAUCUGGGUCGUCAUGAAGGGAGACAAGGAGUUCGCUGGUACUCUUGUUGGUUUCGAUGACUACGUUAACAUGGUUUUGGAGGACGUUACUGAGUUCGACUACUCUGGCAACCACACCAAGUUGAAGAAGAUCCUGCUGAACGGCAACAACAUCUGCAUGUUGAUUCCCGGUGGUGAAGGCCCGAUUGCGGCAUCUGCCUAG